GAAAUGAAGAGUGUAAACGCGGUGAAGAUGUUGGGGGCGUUUGCUCUGGUUUUUCUGCUGUCCAGUGUGACUGAGGGAAGGAUUAUCAGUAAAUGUGAGCUGAAGGAGCAGCUGGAGACGACUCAGAUCCAGGUGAUUCGGGCCAUGGGAGACAAAAUGACCGUGAACGAUCUCAACGCUAGACUUGUGUGCUUGGCCGGCGCUACAGGCUUCAACACCAGCUUUGUCAAAAACAUCCCUGCCAAAGUUAAAGAGCCCUUAAAUAUCCACUCCAUAAAACCGAACACAACACAGCGUCCCGUCUGGCACUUGUACGGUGUGUUUCAGCUCAGUGAUCAGCUGGCCUGUGAUUCUGGCAUGAACCCAUCUAUCAAUGUCUGCAACACGACCUGCUCUGCUUUUACUGACGAUGAUAUCACAAAUGACAUCGCCUGCCUGAAUACCAUUAUUAGCAGCAUGUAA